AUGUUCGAUGAAGUUGGUAUAAUUGCAGUUAUCGAAGUUACAAUGACUAGUACGCCAAUUGCCAAUUACCCAAUUACCCAAUUACCCAAUUACACGAAUUCUAUAGUGAAGGAAAUUGGUGUUCUUUUUAUUUUAAAAAUGGAUGAAGUGGCUCUAACUCAGACGCUAAAAUGCUUUAACUUUUGGCGAUCACAGCUAUGA